AAAUAACCACUCGUUACAACCAAGGUAUGCAGAAUAGCAUCUCUGAACGCACAACACGUCCAACCUUGAAGCAGAUGGGCUCCAGCAGCAGAACACACAGGUACAAAGGUGUGCCUAAUAAAGUGGCCGAUAGUAAAGGUUGCUGAGCCCUGGGUUAGUGUACGAAGCUAUCAACUGUUUUCGCUUUUUUAAGUCUUCGUGUCCCUCCGCGGCCUCCGUAGUCAGCAGCACGACCCGCCUCCAACUCAAAACUCUGAGGAUGGAUUUAGGAAGUCCAUCAGAAGAACCAGAGAGACUUUAACAGCAGUCUGACCUCUUAAAUCCAGAUAAACUCUGUAAAGGAGAUGCUGGUCUGUCUGUGGUGAGUUCACGGACCCUCAGCGGGAACACUAACAUGGUUGUGUUGCGUUCAAAGACCUCCAUCAUGUUGUGGCUCCUCGCUGCUGCUGCUGUUGUUGUGACAGCUCAUGUGAAACCGAAACUACUGGAUGACAGAGCGGCUUGUGAGAACCGAGACACCGCGGUCAGCCUGAGGUCCAGUAAAGCCUCCUCCUCCUCACCGGACGGACCGGAGCCUGGAGACCCAGCAGCCGCCUUCAGCGUCCCGACUCUGGACGGAGAGUUCAGCUACCAGCCCGGAGCUCCGCCAGGAGGACCGCUCAUCAUACACGCCUUCUCCAACAAGUCCGGCUUCCUGGAGUGUCUGUGGAGCUCCGAGGAGAGCCUCAUCAGCCUGGUGGAGGAGCUGCCCAACAGCACCCAGGUGCUCUUCCUGUCCAUGGACGAGUCUGCGGUCAGUGAUGCUCUGUGGAUGAGAGAGCAGCUGCAGAGGGUCGCCAUGAGCAGAAACAAGGAGGUUAUGUCCCGGCUGCACUUCUCUCCGGUGCCGGUCUUCGCUCUGGGUAACUGGAUACCCAACGUGCUUUACUACUGGCGCUGCGGCCGUGUCUUCUCCCAGGCCGUUUUCAAAUCCGAGGGGUGGAAAAUGCCUAUAAUCGUCAAGAGACUGGAUGCCAGGUUCGAUUGGCUUAUGACGCGCUCGAAUCCGAGGUCGUAUCAGCUGAUGGAUGCAGGCGAUGGGUGUGAACCUUCCCCCUCCGUGACGGGUGCUGUGGCCUGGGUGUCCGAGGGCAACUGCUCUUUCUUCACUAAGGUGCAGAGCAUGGCCAAAUCCAACGCCUCUGUUGUCCUCGUCUACGCUCUCCCUGGUAACCCGCUCCAGGACAUGAACUGUGUCGGGGAUGAGUGCAACACGACGCUGGGCAUCCCCGCUGCCAUGGUGCAUCUGGAGGUCUCGGUCGCUCAGGCGCUCGAGUCUGGACAGCUGGUGUACGUGUCCUUCCAGAACACCCCAUCCCCAAACUUCUUCAUCAGUAUUGACCAUCAGGGGGCGCUGGCUGAGAUGGGCUGGUUCAUUUACCCCUCGUUCAGCUUCAUCAACUGGCAGGCACAGUGGUUUGAUUUCUAUGCAGCUCUGCAGAUCAAACUUCAAAGUCCUGCAAAGAUUGUUCCUGUUUUUGACAAAGUCCAAAUGCAGGGGGAGAUAGGAGCGGUGGCCACAGUCGACCUGCCAUUAGCCCUGUGGGACUUUGACAUGCUGGAGCUCGAUGCGUCCCUGUCGUGUCCCGGCAAGAGAGACUCAUCCUGCGCUCACUGGGAUCACACGGUGCAGCUGUUUGUCUGCUGUGAUCCUCUUGGCCAGUACUGCAACACGGAGCUGGGCCGAUGGAUCACUGCCUUCCGCAGAGGUACUGGGCGCUGGCUGACAGACGUGUCCCCUCUGAUUCCCCUGCUGGACAGCAACAAAUGCACCCUCACCAUGAAGACGGUCCCGUGGGCGAUGCCGUGGGUCGUCUCCCUCAACCUCAGAUUCAGUGGCAGCAGUCGGACAGAUUAUAGUGCAGAGAAGCUCCGUCCCUACAGAGUAAUACCACUGUACAGCGGGGGAACCUUCAACAAAAACUACAACAGGAGAUACCGGCCAACCAAAGUCUCCUUCCCGCCGUCGAUCAAAAAGGUGGAGCUGUACGCCGUCAUCACGGCCCACGGCUACGAUGACAACAAGUGUGGAGAAUAUUGCGUCACCUCCCACCACUUCUUGAUCAACGGCGUUUUUAACAACACACUCACGUUCGAUUCUGCCGGAUCACCUCUGGGCUGCACUCUGCGGGUGAAAGAGGGCGCGGUACCAAACGAAUACGGCACGUGGCUGUACGGGCGAGGAGGUUGGUGUGAUGGACUACAAGUCGACCCUUGGAGGACCGAUAUCACCAAACAGCUGAACAUGAGUGCGUUUCAAUCCAACACCGUCAUCUACUACGGCUUGUUCGAAGGGAAGGAUCCGAAUCCAUCUAAGGACCCCGGAUACAUCAUCAUGUCUUCUUUUCUUGUCUUUUACAAAUGAUGCCGUCCUGUAAAACUGUACAUUUUGAAUGGUGAUGUAAAUUAAUGAUUGUGUUACUGUGUAUGUACAAUCAAAGUCAAAGAUUAAAUUUCUAUUUUUCCAUCA